AUGGCGCCGGCGAUGUUUGCUUUGAUGGUUGCCUGUGAUGCCUUACUCUUCGUAUCCAGUACGUCGGUAGGACGAGGGCUGCCCGUCGUCUUUCAAGGAAAGGAUGGCGGGGUGUGGCUGGAGCGGCCGGUUCGUGACGAGGACGGCCCCACCGCGUCCCUGGACACAGUGACGAGCAGCACCGAGGAGCCCAACCUGCGCGGCUGGAUGUGGGAACGGAUCGGGUCGGAAGGUUUCGUCCCGCCAUGGUACUGGCUCCGCCGCCGCUCAGCCGACAAGAGGUCCCUCGGCGACAAGGGGUUCUUCCCAACGAGACGCCACACCAGCCUCUUCGGAUAG